CACUCCAAUCUGCUGCUGCAAAGCUUCAGUCAGAAAGACAAAGACUGUCAGAACAAUAAAUUCAUUCUGUCUGGUUUUAAUUUGGUUCUCAGGGAAUCAAAAAAUAAAACUUAUCGAUUUUGCUGAAGUUGGAAAAGAAGCCAAGACGGUCUUGACUCUGUUAGAACCUUCAGAACUGCAGCAGAACCUCUAUAGAGCAGAAACCAGAGGUCAGCGUGGGAGCUGCUGGUGGUGAAACUGGGAGUCGAUACUGGUGUGUGUGUUCAGCCUUUCCCAGAGUUCAUCGACCUCCAGCAGACCUCGAUCAGGCCGGGUUCCCACAGAGACGCUUCAGAUCCGGCCGCGGCUACGCAAAGCAACAGAAAACCUUCAUCUGCCCUGAAAUCUGAGCAGAAGGUAAAGGCAUAGAGGACUAACAACGCCACCCUGAGGAACCCCAGAAACCAACAUCUGCAGAGGAAGACCAUAGCUGCUGAGUCCCUGCAGUCCCUUCAUUGUCCAGGUGUGUCUCUGCGUGGACAGCAUGGGGGUGUGUCUCCAGGUUCUGGGUCUGGUUCUGGGCGUUGUGUCUUGGUGUCUGCAGUCCAGCUCUACGUCCUCUCACACUUGGAAGGUGCGUAGCCAGGCAGAGACGGUCACCACCAGCUCAUGGCAGUUUGAAGGCCUGUGGAUGAGCUGCGCCGCCACGGCGCUCGGGUCCGUCCAGUGCAGCAGGUUCAAGACGGUCCUGGGCCUCGACUCUCAUCUGCAGGCCUGCAGAGCUCUGAUGAUCUUGUCCCUGAUCCUCGGUCUCGUCUCCAUCAUUGUCUCCAUUCUUGGACUCAAAUGCACGAAGAUCGGCCGGAUGGCGGAGCAGGUCAAGGAGCAGGUCGCCCUGAGUGGAGGCAUCUUGUUCAUCCUCUCUGGUGUCUUCACCCUGACGGCGGUCUCCUGGUACGCCGCCAGAGUCAUCAAUGAGUUCUAUGACCCGUUCCACGCCGGACUGAAGUUUGAGAUGGGUACUGGUCUGUACCUGGGCUGGGCGUCCUCUGGUCUGGCCAUACUGGGAGGAUCUCUGCUGUGCUGCAGCUGCAGGCGGAGCACCUAUACACCCCCUCUGAGGCAGUUCUCCUACCACUCCAGCUCCAGUGGCGGUCAGAACAUCUACAAAGCGGCUCCGGCCUCAGAGAGCAGCAGCUCCAAAGCGUAUGUCUGAUCCUGGCAGCCGCCACGACCUGAUGAGCCGCCGCCAGAACCCUGUCUGAACCCAGUUUUAACCCGGCCUGAACCCGGUUUUAACCCGGCCUGAACCCGGUUUUAACCCGGCCUGAACCCGGUUUUAACCCUUCAGGCCCGGAGUCCUGCAGGCUUCUCACCGUCCAACAGCUUCAGAACUCUAUAAAGUUCUGCUGAAGCCCGUUUAUGACUCGAUCAUUCAGACAACAGAACAUGUAACGCAACCCAAGGAACAUGAUGUUGAACCGUUUGUCCACCAGGUGUCGCCAAAGAGACGCAAUAACACAGUUAGUUUAGCAGAUUAAAACAUUAAAGCAGCUCGUUUAUUUAUUCUAAAAAUAAAAAUUUAGCAAUUUGUUUUUUAUAAUUUCACUCGUUAAAUUUUCUCGUUUCUCUCUUUAAUCUUGAAUGUGUGUAGUUCAGUCUUUUCGCCACCAGAUGGCAGCAGAUAAUUACGUCUGAUUCUGAAUCUUAACGGAAAGUCCGGUCUGAUUAUGGAUUUAUGUCCGUCUCUGUUGGCCCUGAAUGUUUUUAUUGGUUUGUUUUAUAUGAAUGAUAAAUAAAAUCAAAUGAAAAG